GGCCGGGUGCGUGCCGUAGCGAGGAGACGCGCACCCGCUGUCACCUUCCCUGGGCACCGCGGGGACUCUCCUGCCGGGUCCCUUGCUUGGGCCGGGGAGAAGGGCAGGAGCACGGGUGGCACUGGGGACAGCCUGGGAGGCUCCUGGGGGAGGAUGCUCCCCGUCCAGCCCUGCUAGCCCACGCGAGGCGGCAGCGAAGCUUCAGAGGACGCCAGGCUCGUAAGUGGACGGCAUUGGGGUCUUGGUGGUGGCUCUGCCCCCCCGGGGAGGUGGCUCGGGCUGCAGGCAGCUCUGUGCGUGCGGGCUGCCAGCAGCGUGCUGCGUGUGUGUGGCUGUGUGAGCGCAGAGGGGACGUGGGCUGGGGCGUGCAAGGCAUUGCCUGCACCCACGCAGAGCAUCGCCCGUGGGCACGCCAUGCGGGAGCAGUGGCGUGCUGCCCCCAGGAGCCUGCCUCACCCCUACUGCGGGGCACGGAGGGCUAGCUGUGCCCCCGGGGGGGGGUUUAUCCUCUUCCUCCCCGAGGCAGGGCUGGGAAUUUCCCAUACGUGCAUGUCUGUGUACUAAGCGGGCGUCAGGCGGCGGGUGCGAGGGGUGCGUGUGAUGCUGGGGCCAGACAAGCCCCGCAGGGCAUCUCGCACUUCUUAGAGAAAUCAGCUCCCAGACUUCACGGCUCCACAGCAGCCUCUGCGUGUAAACGUUGAGUUUCUCUGAUGCUCUCUGAAACCAGAUGGUAGCACUUGCCAGCAGGAACCUCAGCAAGGUCCCCGGCGCAGGCGUGUGCCCGCGGUCUCCUCGCGGGGAGGAUGACGGCCAAGAGUAACGGCCUGCACCGCUCCCCGGCCGCCCUCAGCCCCUGCCCGCCCGCCCCAGCCGCAGCAGGGCCCGACGAGGAGGGGACAGAGCUCAGCACCGGCAGGACCUGCUCCACCCAGGAUGAGGCCUCCUCGGAGCUGCAGAGAGGGGUUCCCGCUGCAGGGGGGGAGCAGCCGGCUGCCCCCGCUUUCCAAGGCAGGCGAGCUCUGGCCAGGAUAGUCCGGCUGGUGCUGGUGCUGAGGGACUGGGCCAGCAAGAGCUUGCACGAGGAGCAGCAGAGGCCUGACCCCUUCCUUGAGCGCUUCCAGGGCCCGGAGCUCCAGAUGGUGGCUGCAGACGCCAGCAGCGAUCCAGAGGAUGAGGAGACCGAAGAGAAAAGCAAAAAGAAGAAAUGGCAGAUCUUUGUGGUAGACCCUGCGGGGGACUGGUAUUACCGCUGGCUGGCUGUCAUCGCCGUUCCUGUCCUCUAUAACUGGUGCUUGCUGGUGGCCAGGGCUUGCUUCAGUGACCUACAGAAGACCUACAUUGUCCUCUGGCUGGUGUUGGACUACGUCUCAGACUGCAUCUACAUAGGGGACAUAGUGAUCCGCAUGCGCACAGGCUUCUUGGAACAGGGCCUCCUGGUUAAGGACCUGAAGAAGUUACGGGAUAACUACAUCCACACCUUACAGUUCAAGCUGGAUGUUCUCUCCAUCCUGCCCACAGACCUGGCCUACUUUGCUGUUGGGUUGCAUCGUCCUGAACUGCGAUUCAACAGGCUGCUGCACUUCUCCCGCAUGUUUGAGUUCUUUGACAGGACGGAGACCAGAACCAGCUACCCCAACAUCUUCCGCAUCAGCAACUUGGUUCUUUACAUCCUGGUCAUCAUCCACUGGAAUGCCUGCAUUUAUUAUGCCAUCUCCAAGGCCAUAGGCUUUGGGGAGGACAGCUGGGUCUAUCCCAAUGUCACAGACCCUGAAUAUGGGUAUCUCACCCGGGAGUACGUCUACUGUCUCUACUGGUCUACGUUGACUUUGACCACCAUUGGAGAAACCCCGCCCCCUGUGCGUGAUGAAGAAUACCUUUUUGUGAUCUUCGAUUUCCUCAUUGGUGUCCUCAUCUUCGCCACCAUCGUGGGGAAUGUGGGAUCCAUGAUAUCCAAUAUGAACGCCACCAGGGCAGAGUUCCAGGCAAAAAUUGAUGCCAUAAAACACUACAUGCAGUUCCGCAAGGUGAGCAAAGACAUGGAAACUAAAGUCAUCAAGUGGUUUGACUACCUGUGGACAAACAAGAAGGCUGUAGACGAACGGGAAGUCCUCAAGAAUCUUCCUGAUAAGUUAAGGGCAGAGAUUGCCAUCAACGUUCACCUGGAGACACUGAAGAAGGUGAGGAUUUUCCAGGACUGUGAGGCAGGUCUACUGGUGGAGCUGGUGCUGAAGCUUCGCCCUCAGGUGUUCAGCCCUGGGGAUUACAUUUGCCGUAAAGGAGAUAUUGGGAAAGAGAUGUACAUCAUCAAGGAGGGGAAGCUGGCUGUGGUGGCGGAUGAUGGAACAACACAAUAUGCUUUGCUCACUGCGGGAGGCUGCUUUGGCGAGAUCAGCAUCCUCAACAUUAAAGGGAGCAAAAUGGGCAACAGGCGCACGGCCAACAUCCGUAGCUUGGGCUACUCUGAUCUUUUCUGCCUGUCAAAGGAAGACCUGAUGGAAGCAGUCACAGAGUAUCCUGAUGCCAAAAAGGUCUUGGAGGAGCGGGGCCGGGAGAUCCUGACCAAGGAAGGGUUGCUGGACGAGUCAGCUGCAGAGGCAAGCAUGGAAGGGAAGAGCGUGGAAGAGAAGCUGGACAGGCUGGCCUUGAACCUGGACACGCUUCACACCCGCUUCGGCCGCCUUCUGACAGAGUACAAUGAAGCCCAGAUGAAGCUCAAGCAACGCAUCACUGUUCUAGAGUCCCAGCUGAGGCAGCAGGAUCUGGAGGACUUCUUCUCAGAUAGCUCAGACAGUCUGCCUUAGGCUACGGAAGAAGCUACACCUGGUGGG